UCUGCAAAAUCAUAUAUUGGCUUUACCUUUUUUUUCCGCUUCGUGGUUUCAGUACGGUGAAAGCACUUCCAACAAGGGAUGGAAUCAAACACACUAUCUGCACUCAGAUUUCUCAGUGACAUUGGGUGCUCUGGUCUUGGAAUUCAGGAAUUCCAGGUCGGGGGUUUGAUGGAGAGAGAACCUGGAUCAUCCAGACCCGACCGCAAAACGACAGAGAGAAACAGGAGAAAUCAAAUGAAGGCCCUCUUCUCCAAGCUCCACUCCCUUGUUCCUCCACAGAGUCCUCCCAGGGAAACAACGUUGUCACUGCCCGAUCAAUUAGGCCAAGCGGCCAACUACAUAAAGAAAUUACAAAUGAAGGUGGAGAAACUGAGGGAGCAGAAACAGAGGUUGUUAGAAAUAGAAAAGAUCAACAUGAGCAUGAAGAAUGGACAGAUGCUUGGAUUCAAGUCGCCGGAGAUUGGAAUUCGAAAGACCGGGUCAAUCCUGGAGGUUGUUCUUAUUACCGGAUUGGAUGGCCAGUUCAUGUUCAAUGAGGCUGUUCGAGUGAUUCACGAAGAAGGCGCCGACAUCGUCAAUGCCAGUUUCUCCGACGUUGGUGAUGCAAUUUUUCACACCGUUCAUGCCAAGGCCAACAUUUGCAGGAAAUAUUUACAUUUCCUUCCUUAUGAGAGAGUGCACUGUAGGUUGGCUGGUUUUUCCCAGUAUUCUUUCCAAGUUGAGUAUACUGUAGGUUGAAGAUGGCGAUUCUUCAGAUGAGAGGGUGUCUGAAAGGCUGCAGAAGAUUGUCAACGAUGCCUAUGGAGUUUCAGCCUGACAUGGUACCGUGUUAUUACAGUCGUCUUGUCCUCUCUCACUCUCUCUGAGCAAUUUCCUCACUUCUUAGUAUCUGUAACUAACUACUCAGUGAAAUCUUUCAUUUGCUUACGUAGUUCAUUGGCUAAAUGCAACCAGCAACCUUCGCUAAAUACUUUUCCUUCUGCUCUUUUUGUUGUUCUUUAAAAGUGUUCGUUCUUGGACUUGAAUCCUCUUGUUGGAUCACCUUCCACCGGCACUCUCACGAUAUCCACGGGCGUACACAGUGUUAUGACAUGUCAUCGUAAUUAUCUAUGAAGACAUUUUAAGAAGUCAUGAAAUUAUUUUAUGGCGUUUAGGGCGAUUCACCG